GCGGCGCGGCCCCGGGCGCGCCGUGAGACCGCGGCGAUGCCGGGCAGGAAAUCUUCCAAGGAGAAGAAGCGGCGCCGCUCGCGCUCCUGCUGCCCGGAGGGAGCCCCGGGGCCGGACGGCAGCGACAGGAAGCGGCGGAGCACCGAGUCCACCCACAGUGCCCUGGAGGAAGCAAAAUGCAAUGUACCCUCUGGAGAAAAAGUGGAAGAAACUGAACAGCCCAGUGAUGUAGAAGAAGGAGGAUUAGAUCUCACAGUGUCACUCAAACCUGUCAGUUUCUACAUUGCGGACAAAAAGGAAAUGCUUCAACAAUGUUUCUGUGUCAUAGGGGAGAAGAAACUGCAGAGGAUGCUGCCUGAUACUUUAAAGAACUGUUCCAUGGAUGAAAUCAAAAGACUUUGCAUGGAGCAGUUGGAGCUGUUAUCUGAAAAAAACCUGUUGAAGAUACUUGAAGGCAGGAUGGGAGCUGAUUCUGAUACUGACGAGGAGACAAAUGGAGGAGACAAGACUGGAGAUGAUUCAGUCAGUCAACAGGACAACAGUAUAGACUCAACUUCUUCUCUGAGAGAAGACAGCAAACCGGAAGGUCAGGAAUCAAAACAAGGCAAGGGAGAAGAUAGUGAUGUCCUCAGCAUAAAUGCAGAUGCAUAUGAUAGUGACAUAGAAGGCCCAUGCAAUGAAGAAGAUGGCCCAGAUGUGCAAGAAAACACUGUCAGGAGUGGAGCUGGUCAGAUAGAUGACCUUCAGAAGGACAUUGAGAAAAGUGUGAAUGAGAUAUUGGGGUUAGCAGAGUCCAGCCCAAAGGAGCCCAAAGCGUCGACCUUAGCUGUUCCUCCAUCAGAAGAUGUUCAACCAUCAGCACAGCAGCUGGAGCUUCUGGAGCUUGAGAUGAGGGCCAGAGCUAUUAAGGCCCUGAUGAAAGCUGGUGAUGUAAAAAAACAGCCCUGAGAUUGCUUAGGUUUAAUUUUCAGUAUUUGUUUUGAAGAAGGUGACAUCUGUUCUCUUCAGUGCUAUGGUGUAUUUGGGUUGAGUAUGACAUUCCUCAUUCAGACUGUAUUGUGUAUCCUGACCUGUGAUCCAUUGGUUUUGUUGCCUUUAGUGUGCUGCUUCCAUGCCAUGCACAAGCAGAGGUUGGUGCUUCCCUGAGAUGAGGUGUCCUUUUGCUGGGUCAUUUCCUCAAGGAGUCACACAACGUAUGCCAGGAACCUGGUGCCUUCCAGAAAGGUUGUUGUAUCAACCUGGAGUCAUAGAAUGCAUAGGUUUGGAAGGGAUAUGAGACUGCUUGUUUCUCCUUGGGACCCAUCUCAUCAUAAUGUUGGUAUUCUAGUUGAGUGAUAAUUCAUUUAAAAGAAUAUGUAAUUUCUUGAAAUUUGAAUUCCUAAAGGGAAGGAUUUUUACCUUUCAAAUAAAUAGUUGAACAUGUUAUUUUCAGAGUUAUGAAAGUGCCUGAAAGAGACAGCCUGUCAUGCGGUUUUUUCACUCUUGUCCACUGUUUAUCUUCUGUGUUAUAGCUGAAAUAAAGAAAACAGGUCUUUUUCCUGACUAUAAA